GGGAAUGGGAGGGCACCACCGCGUCACGAGGCAGAGGCGCUAGGCUAUGCGGGUGUCGUCGUCGUCUCAGUUGCUUUGCUUUGCUCUACUGCUCUCCCUGGUCUCGUCGCAUUCCGAGGCCCGACUACUCUCGGCUCGGCCCUCGCCCCCCGUCCCUCUUGCUCUGCCCUUGUCGCUCUCUCGCGCUCUCUUCUGUUCUGCUCUGCGAGGGCCGCACUUGCACUUGCCUUGGCUUCUCCUCCCCUCUCUCUGCCAUUCCGGCUGCCGCCCUCUUCCCGCACCAUUGCCGCCCUCUUGGGAGCUCUGCUGGGUGCUUCCUCUUUCGAAAUCGCGUUUGCGUUUCUGUGCUUGGCGCUUCCUCUCCCUUUUUGCCUGAUUCUUGUCGCUAGCGCGGGUCGAAUUUGGAGGAGCGCUCGGUGGCGUCGUUGCUGUGGCUGAGCGGCUUCUUCUGCUUCAGGUUCGUGCGUUUUUGGGUGCAAACGCUCUAGGGUUUUGCAUGCUUGAGAGGUUUCUGGAUCCGGGUCGGGGGUGGAGUUUGGUUGCGACGGCGGACGGGUUUGGGGUGGAGGUCGAUUGCGGAGCGCUCGGUCGUUGGACGGUGGUGCUGGAAUCUUCCGGAUGUUGUUUGGUGUCGUGCGAGCUGUGUCGCGCAUUUGGGGCAUUGGUCCGAGGACGAGAAGACGCAGUUUGGGUUAGCUGUGGAAUUGGAUGUUAGCUGACGUGCGCGGAAUCGAAUUGGGAGCGUGCACGCCGGCUCCAGUCGAGGGGGUUUGGAUUUUGUAAAGGUCGUAUUUGAGGGUUUUCGAGCCCCAUUGGAGUGGUGGUCGUGUUGUGGAUGUGGGUCAAGGGUAUGCCUGGUUGGUGGAAACGGCGAUUGUGUGGGACAGUUGCGUGAUAGCUCUUCGGGGCAUGAGGGCACGAUACAGGAUGGCCAGUCUGUGAGAUGAACAGGAGCACCCGGGCCGGCUGCGUACCGAUGCGGCUUGUUGUGGCGGUGGUUUAGAGCGACUUGCAAAUGCAGUGGUCGCUGGGAAGCCAGCAUUUGAGGAGAGUGUGGUAUUAGGUCAGGGAUUGGGACUGCUCACGGACACAAGAGGACCAGAGAUGGUUUUCAAGUUGAAGCGCGUGAUGCAGCGCGGGACCAAGGGGAAGAACGACAAUAAUGAGAAAGCUGACGCAUCCGCGUCGGCACCCAACACAUCUGCUUCAGCUCCUGCGGGGGUGGUAGGUCAGGCAGCUGCCAGCAAAGCCGGCAACAAUGUGGGGGCGCGAGCAGCGGUUGGUGCCCCUGGCGGCAUCAAGGCGGGAGGUCCUGCAGCAGGUGCGCAGGCGGGUGGAAGGCAGGUGGAUGCGGGGAAGAUGGCGCCGGGGGCAUUCGAGGCGCUGCCGUCGUUCAGAGACGUGCCGACCUCGGACAGGCAGAGCCUGUUCGUUCGGAAGCUGGUCCUGUGCUGCCAUACGUUCGACUUCACGGAUCCGACGAAGAAUGUGAGGGAAAAGGAAAUCAAGCGACAGACGCUGCUGGAGCUGGUGGACUACGUGACGUCGGGGUCGGGGAAGUUCACGGAAGCGGUGUUCGAGGACAUCACGAGGAUGCUGGCGGCGAAUCUGUUCCGAACGCUGCCCCCGUCGUCUCACGAGAACACGGGUUCGGAGAACUUCGACCCGGAGGAGGAAGAGCCGACGAUGGAGCCGGCGUGGCCGCACCUGCAGAUCGUGUACGAGUUUCUGCUGCGGUACGUGGUGUCGAGCGAGACGGACGCGAAGCUGGCGAAGCGGUACAUCGACCAUUCGUUCGUGCUGAGACUGCUGGACCUGUUCGACAGCGAGGACCCUCGGGAGAGGGAGUACCUGAAGACGAUAUUGCACCGGAUAUACGGGAAGUUCAUGGUGCACCGGCCGUUCAUCCGGAAGGCGAUAAACAACAUAUUCUACAGGUUCAUAUUCGAGACGGAGAAGCACAACGGGAUCGCGGAGCUGCUGGAGAUACUGGGGAGCAUCAUCAACGGGUUCGCGCUGCCGUUGAAGGAGGAGCACAAGCUGUUUUUGGCGCGGGCGUUGACCCCGCUGCACAAGCCGAAGUGCGUGUCGAUGUACCACCAGCAGCUGUCGUACUGCAUAAUCCAGUUCGUGGAGAAGGACUUCAAGCUGGCGGACGUGGUGAUACGGGGGCUGCUGCGGUACUGGCCGGUGACGAACAGCCAGAAGGAGGUGCUGUUUCUGGGGGAGUUGGAGGAGGUGUUGGAGGCGACGCAGAGCGCAGAGUUUCAGAGGUGCAUGGUGCCGCUGUUUCGACAGAUCGGUCGGUGUCUGAACAGUUCACAUUUCCAGGUUGCGGAGCGUGCGCUGUUUUUGUGGAACAACGAUCACAUUGUGAGCCUAGUGGCCCAGAAUCGGCUGGUGGUGCUACCGAUCAUCUUUCCGGCGUUGGAGAGGAACACGAGAAGCCACUGGAAUCAGGCGGUGCACGGGCUGACGCUGAACGUACGAAAAAUGUUUCUGGAGAUGGAUCAGGAGCUAUUCCAGGAAUGCCAACGGAAGUAUCAAGAAGAUGAAGCGAAGGCGAAAGGGAUGGAAGAAGUGCGGGAGCAAACGUGGAAACGACUUGAGGCUGCCGGAAGGCAGAGUAGUAAUUCGAGCAGUGACAAUGCCCUUGCAUCGUCGAAUGAUGUGCCGAUUGUAAGGACGGUUGCAAAGGGCACAUCAGGGACAGGAACCCCAAUAGCCGCUCAGGGUGCAGCUCCAAUGUUGGGAAAGUAGCCUUUUUUCUUGUUCUCUCUAGCAUGAGAUGUACGAUGGUGAAGUUGAUGACACAGGCGAAGAGUGCGCUCCAGCUUUGCUUCUUUUUUCUUUUUUUCUUGUUUUCUUUGUCUUGCUUUAUUUCUUUCUUUCCUUCUUUUUUAUUUUUCUGUAUAGAGGUAGGUUAGGAACAGGCCCCUGGGGGUUUGCGUGAAUCACAUUGUGGCGUUCGUCAUUUGAAAGAUGGUUCAUCUGCGAAUCGAUGGAUGUGAAGAUUUGGUUAGUAGCCAGUGAUAUCUUUCUCUGGAAGUAAAUAGUUAGGGAUUUGGAAAGGAGUUCUGCACAGUUAUGGUGGUAGUGCAGAAUUGAGUAUAACAUUACAGGAAGAGUGGUGACAGUUGGUGAGAGAAAGCAUUCCAGCUGUGGAGACGUGCAUUGUAGCACAAUUACUUUAAUAUUGAUCAAUCAUCCCGUGUGCCCAUAAGAGGGCGGUUGUGUCAUUUGGAGAUGCA